AUGCCUCCAGUGCUGCUGCCCCCCCCGAAUGCCUAUACACAGCAGCAGCAGCAGCAGCAGCAGCAGCAGCAUCAACAGCAGAAUCAGCAGCAGCAGCAUAAUACCAGCAAGAGCAGCAGCACCAACUCGUCUAGCAGCACAAGCAGCAGCAGUAGAACUAGCAGCAAAAACAGCAGCACAAGUUGCAGCACUAGGGCUAGCAGCAAAAGCAGCAACUACAGCAGCAAGAGCAGCAGCAACAGCAGCAAUAGCAGCAAGGCACGCAGCACUAGCAGCAGCAGGCGCAGCAGCACAAGUAGCAGCAGUACGGCAGAAGUGGAGGGGACAACAGCAGGAGCAGGAGCAGCAGCAGCAGUACUACCAGCAGCAGCAGCAGCAACAGCAGCAGCAGCAGCAGCAGCAACAGCAGCAGCAGCAGCAGCAACAGCAGCAGUACCUGAAUGUAACUUUAGCUGUUCCUGUGCAUUCGUUGGUGAUGGGGUCAGUUGA